UAUGAGGGGACAGUAUAUAAAUGUACAGGCAACAACACGGGAACACAGUCUGCCUGCCUGAGAAGACUGUCACAAAUACCUCCAACAGAAAAGAGAUGGAUCGUCUAGUUUUGUCAUCCAUCCUACUGGUUAUUUCCACUGUCCAUGCUUUCCCGUAUACAGAGCUGGUGCAGUACAUAGACAGCCAUCAAGGAGAAUAUGUGGAGGCUCUGCGGGACUGGGUUGCGAUUGAAAGCGACUCCAGCAACGUCUUGAAGAGAGCAGAUUUACACCGCAUGAUGGAAAUGGCGGCGCAGAAGCUGAGGCUGAUGGGAGGGACUGUAGAGCUGGUGGACAUUGGAGAACAAGAACUUCCUGAUGGGCAGAUGUUAGCAUUACCUAAAGUGGUGACAGCUCAGUUUGGCAGUGACCCGAACAAACACACGUUGUGUGUCUAUGGUCAUGUGGACGUCCAACCAGCAAAGCUUGAAGACGGCUGGGCAACGGAUCCCUACAACCUGACUGACAUCAACGAUAACCUUUACGGAAGGGGAGCAUCAGACAACAAAGCCCCAGUUUUAGCCUGGAUCCAUGCGGUGGAGGCGUACCAGGCCCUCAAUAUGGAGCUGCCAGUGAAUGUGAAGUUUGUCAUUGAAGGCAUGGAAGAGACGGGCUCUAACGGCUUGGAUGCCAUGAUCCUAGCACAGAGAGACACCUUCUUCUCUGACAUUGAUUAUAUCAUCAUCUCAGACUGUGGCUGGCUCAGCAGACGGCCCGCCCUCACCUAUGGCACCAGAGGCAACUGCUACUUCUACGCCGAGGUUGAAGGACCUAAACAGGACUUACAUUCUGGUGUUUAUGGAGGUGCUGUGAUUGAACCGAUGAUUGACCUCAUUGGUAUUCUUGACACACUGAUCAGUCCCAGUGGUAAGAUCCUGAUUCCUGGGAUCAGGGAAGCCGUGGCUCCCCUCUCUGAUGAGGAAUGGAAAAUGUACCAGGACAUUCAGUUCGACAUGGACAACUACAAAACCAAAAUUGGUGUCAACCAGCUCAUGUACAGCAACAAGGUAGACUUGUUGGCCCAUAUUUGGCGCUACCCCACUGUCUCUAUCCAUGGCAUUGAAGGUGCCUUCUCUGACCCUGGCACAAAGACUGUCAUCCCUGCUAAGGUUACUGCUAAGUUCUCCAUUAGACAGGUUCCCAACAUGGACCCUGCUAUGGUCAAGAAGCAGGUAACAGACUACCUUCACUCGGUGUUUGCCAAGAGGAAGAGUCCUAACAAGCUGAAAGUGACCAUGGUGAUUGGGGCCAAGCCUUGGCUGGCUGACACUCAGCAUCCUCUGUAUGAGGCUGGGAGGGCUGCUGUCAAGAGAGUUUUUGACAUGGAUCCUGAUCUGAUCCGUGAGGGCGGGACCAUUCCUAUUGCCAGAACCUUCCAGGAUGUGACGGGGAAAAGCAUCAUCAUGAUGCCCAUCGGAGGCUUUGACGACGGGCUGCACUCCCAGAAUGAGAAAAUCAGCAGGUACAACUAUAUUGAAGGAACCAAAUUAUUUGUUGCCUACCUGCAUGAAGUCUCCCAGAUUAAGAGGACCAGCGUGUGAUGUUUCAUGGUGUCAUUAAAUCACCUCCUAAACAAGCCUGGUUUUAUAUUUUCACUCUGCCUUUAUCUUAUCUUUAUCUUUCAUUUAUUUCAAUGUUUUGCCAAGCUUUUAUUUAUCUACAUCUCAAGCAGCU